AUUUCUCCAAACGCAGAUGCAAAAAACAACCAUAGUGAAGGCUUAAUCACGUGUUCCAUUCCAAGGAACCAUUUGUUUCCUUUAUGCGAAUUUAAAAUACAGGUAUGGAGGCCUCUAUAUCAAAGUUUCGAUAGUGUAAGGGGUGCAAGGGAAUGGAAGGCUUGAUUUGCUCAGGAACAUCUCAAACACCCUGCUCGCCUCAUCUUUUCUUCUUGUAUGAGGGCAUUCUUGGGUAAAAGUAUGUAUAAUAUAGUAGCCUUUUAGCUUGAGUUAAGUCUGGUCCUGUCAUCCUGGUGGGGAGGGGGGCGGGAAAAGGGGUACUCAACCAAGGUUUUUAUCGUAAGGCUCCGCCCCGAGGUCCAACCUCGUACUCUUCUAUAUACCAUUUUUAGCAGGAAAGGUACCCCUUUCGUAUACCUUCUAUUGACAACUGGGCACCCCCUUCACAUACCUAGUUUAGAACUUUGUAUCCCUUCAAACUACUAUAAAUGCACCUUCUUUAAAAGAUGAAUAGACCACAAAACUAGAACAUUUUCCACAGCCAUAAAAUGCAUUUGUUACCCCUUAUGGGCUUUUCAAGACUGAAGAGAACAAAUUUCCCUACCCUUUUAUAUACUUCAACUAGUAAAAUCCCUACCCUUUUAUAUAUCUGAAGCCAGAAAACGGUACCUCUUUCGGGCGGAGCCUUCCUGUAUAGGCCAUUAUAGUGAGUAACUCUCCCCCGGGGCUCCAAGAGUAUUCAGGGAUCGUGAAAACUGCUGUGAAAGAUGCGGAAGGUGUGGGGUUGGGUGGAUGGGAGGUGUGCCACAACCCCCUCCCUUCUCCUACCCUGGGUACUAUAGGUUAAAGCCUCUGGCACCCAGGGCACCCUUCUCCAGAUCACGCGAGUCUAAUUUUUUGCCUGGCUUGUUUUCGCGACAUCCCUACUAUCUUACCGCCUGGCACAGGCUAUAGUACUGUAAGCGAGAAUUACUGAGUAAUAAUAAUUCUGGGAAAAAUUGUUCCCAUGCACGUGACAUGCUUAUGACCUCUGAAUUGCUGUAUCUCUAGACUUUUUUAAGAGGCUAAUUUUAGACAACCCACUUUCCUUCAAAAAAUGCUGGUGUUACACCCUCGUAUGGUAUAAAAUUAAUGUAUAUGCUUUGAAUUAAGGCAAAAUACCUGUUCUUUCAGGAAUUUCACACGAAGUGGAACCAAAACUGCCAUGGGGAGAAAUACAAAGUUGAUCCAAAAAACAUUUGUUCUGUUAUUCAGUAUUUGAGCGAGGUAAGGCAUCUACUCCGCACCUUUUCGUUCUAAGGAUUUCCUAUGAUUUUAGUGGGUGAAUUUGGAGAACGUACGAAACUCACCAAGUGAGUCACAUCGAUUGUUAUUGUUGAUUUUCAGAGAGAGGCCUGGUGCCCAGUCUUGCCAUGGAGAAGUGGUCACCACUCCUUGGACGUUUCAAAUGGACCACCGAAAAAGGUGAAGCAACAUAAUUUAAGGGCAGUGAAUUAACUAAGUUCACACCAUUAUUUCUAAAGUUGCAAAAUUCGUACCAAACUACAGUGGAGGAGUGAAGUAUGGGGACUGCUUAACAUGCUGUUAGUAAAAACUGGAUUUUUCCCCCUCUUUUGGCUUCUCGCUCUCCCAAACAAAGUAAAAGAUAAAGUAUUUUAUGGCACAAAAUAAAUGGGGCGGGGGAUCAAAACAAAACCGAAGCCAAUCAAAACUUUUCCUCAUUUUGCUCAAAUGUCCAAGUUUUUUCGCCUCCUCUGUGGCUCUUUCUUGGACUUAACUCAUGCAAACGUUUCCUUAAAAUGUUACGUACUUGCCAAAAAUAUUGUCUAUGACAUUUCUGAUUUUUGUUUCGAAGGCUACAAUUCAAACCGAUCUCACUGGGCUUCUUGAUAAGUUUAAAGGAGAAAGGUUUACCUGGAUACGGAACAGAAUUCUUGGAACAUGGCAGCAUUGGAUGCGGGCUGUUGGAGAGCUACAACUAAAGCCUAGCUUUUCUGAAAGGAAACAAAAAAAGGUAUAUAAUAAACGCUAUUCUUCUGGCCCUUACCGUAGAAACGCGCAUAAAGCCUACAACGUGUGAGCAAAGCGGAAGUAAAAACAACCGGAAGCGAGACUAAUACUUUUUGUGAUACCAUCUCUGUCAGUAGUGUCUUAGGCUCCCUUUUUAAAGUUGCCAUGGAAACUCAUUGCAAAGUGAAACUUAAUUAGCAUCGAUAACGUCACAAGUCAUAGUUUAAUAAUGAACACUAAGCCGUUAUACCUAAUUAAAGGUCUUUUUGCCAAAUUUGUUGGCCAUGGUUCGUCUUUCAGAUCCUUUUGUACCUGGCUGGUAUGGGAGAGCACAAGUUCUUCUUAGACGGCGCGUUUAUGGGAGGGCCGUUAGGUGAACUGGUCCAAUGGUGCGACCUGAUAAGUGCCCUGUACAUUUUAGGCCAUGACCUCACUAUAGGUUUUCAAGUGGGAGAUAUUCCAAGGUAAAAAAAGCAGUAGAAAACAAAACCAUCGGACAUGAGUUAUAAAAUAUCCGACGAAACGCGCGGGAAGAGUGGUCAGAACGAUAUUUCAUGAAAUUCCUCGAGCGUUAAUAAUGCACGUACGCUGAAACAUGAUUUAUUGAUUAACUAAAAAAGAAAUUUCCAAAAAUUCUCCUGCAUUUCUGGGAUAUAAUCACUUCCCAUUUGUUAAGAACAAUUGAAAAGUGCGACAAGUUUUCGCCCGUGGUUCGACCUACUUCCUUAAACCACUCAAAAAUACACGUUUCGACUUUUUUUUCCCCCUUAAUGACACGAUUCAGAAGAAUCCAUCGAUGCAAUGCUUUCUUGUCAGAGUCACUAAGAGUGACUAUAUGAGGUGUUUGUGCAACAGUUUUGAGCGUUACUAUCAAAUCUUACUUAAGACUCAGGGAUCUUCCUAAUUAAAAAACUAGUGAUCAUUUAGGUAACCGAUUUUAAUGUUUUCUGGUUUUGUUCCCAGUCUCCUAGUUAAUCCGGCUUCUGAUGGCUGCGUUCGUGAAACGUUAACCGAUGGAUUGGAUCUUAUUUUUACUGAUAUCAUGGGAGUCUUGAUAAUAGCAGAGCGUAGUGGACCGGAUUAUUCGCUGCACAAGUUUGUAUUUCUUUGAGUUAUUUGCCAUAGACAUUAUCUUGUCUAGUCCCUGCAUGGGGUCUUUACAGACCUUCCUGGUCGAUGCAUUGCGGUUACGUUUUCCGAGACGAACGGCGAGACAAAUUCGCUGGACAACUGACGAGGCCCGAAACACAUAGGCCGCGCAGAAUAAGGACUAGGCAGCAUAAGACAGAGCUUUAGAUUCUAAGACGAGGACGACUACGAAAACGAGAUUUUCCCACUACUAAUUAAGUAGUUCGCGUGUGCGAACCAACGCCAUUUUGGCGGAAAAAUGUGAUAGCCAUCGUCAUUCUACGUGUUUUAGCGAGAAUGUCGUAGUGGCAAAAACAAGUUAUCAAAUGUUAGAGAUUUUAUCAUUUAGCGAGGAUUAAGCAAGCUAUCUCGUUAACAUAUUGAUUUGAAGGUUGACAAAAAGUAUCGAUCUUAUGGUUAUCCCGGUAAACUACUUGCCAGUUAAAGGCAAGACACCUUCUCCAAUUCCACCUUCUUCAUAAACGAAGUUUUUUAUUGAUAACAGGUGUAAGAUGCGUGUGUUAGACUCUUUUGGAACAGAUGCAGAGUUUAACUACAAACAUUACAAGGGGAAGAUUCCUGGUGGUAGGUCACCCUGGGGAGAUAUCGACCUUCAACUACGUCAGUUUAUGACCAUGUAUCGUAAGUACCUUAAAAAGGAUCUAAAAGUUUUGAAAGUACAAAAGGUACUCACUACUACGCUGUAUUGGAAGGGUCUAGCUGAGGUUUCCUGCAUUGGUAACCUCUGCCCCCACCCUUAAUAAUGUUGCAUGGUUGUUAUUGUGGAAUUAGAGUCAGAAUUAAUUGGCAGUUCUUUCCUGUAGCCCAUAGUCCAGAUAACUCCUUUCUUGGUUUUGCCGUCCCACAAAGAGCUAAAAAAGUCAAAGGACCCUUGCAGAAGACAAAAACGAGAAAAGCAGCUUUAGUUUAUGGCAAAGAUCCCCAGUUCUGGGAGGUAAGUAUGACUUGUUGAAUCACUAUGAGUAUUUUAUCCUUUUCGUUAUCUAAAUUGCUUGAGACGUUGUCGCGAAUAAACGUAUCUCAUGAAAUUAUUUUUCCAUUUUUGUCAACAUUUUUAGGGGCAUGGAGACUACAUUAAUGCAGUGAAGACUUAUUUUAACGAAGUUCACGCAACGUUGGGAGGUACUAAGGUACGUAGGCAAGGCCCCGUUCACAAUUAUACAUCUUCCAAAUCGUCUGAGGUUAAACUAACUUUUUCGUUUUAAGUCAGUAUUUUGUGGCUAAUGAGUUAUAACCACCGUCUAAUUUCACAAUUUACUAUACCAAACACGACGUGAACUGUUUCAUCUGAUAUCCAAACACCGAGAAGAAAUAUACGAAACACGAGAGGGAGUGUUUCAUCCGAUAUCCAAACACUGAGAAGUAAUACAUCAAACACAAGAAGAAGUGUUUCAUCUCGUAUCCAAACGCCGGGAAGUAAUAUGUCCAACAAGAGUGGAAGCAUUUUAUCUGAUCUCCAGACUCCGAGAAUAGAUAUCACUUUAAUGAGAAGGGAUGUUUUCUCUGAUAUAAAAACAUCGAGUAUUAAUGUGUCAAACGCGUGACGGAGUGUUUUAUCCGGUGUCCAGACACCAAUAAGUAAAAUAUCACCCACGUUUUUAGAUAACUAAAAGCUAUGAUUAGACAUGCCUGCACUUUCAUAAAGAUUCAACAAUUUUCUCUUUGUGCUUUUAUUUUCCACAGGAAAGUCGAAAGAAAUUCCGUGUUCCUGAAUAUGUCAUCAAUCACGGGAUUGUAAAUAUAACAACAUUGAUAGAUUUAUUAGACUCCAGUAAGGUAAUUCAUCUGUCGUUAAUUUCAUUCGGAACUCUGAGCAUCUUCAGAACUCGGUUUUCUCUAAACUGAAAUUGAAAAACUUGAAACUGGUUUGCCUGGCUUCUUUUUCAGGUGUUUGUGGGUCUUGGCCAACCCUAUGAAGGACCAGCAGCCCUUGAGGCCUUGGCUAAUGGAUGUUUCUAUAUUAAUCCUAAGGUAUAGUAAAGAGAUAAUGGCAUCCUUACCUCUGUGUUAAGGUCAAUUAGGAUUACAAUGAUUGUGACGUUGGCGUUGAUGAUGAUGAUGAUGAUGAUGAUGACGUAACGUUUACGAUGAUGAUGUUAAUGAUAAUGAUUGUGACGUUGGCGUUGAUGAUGAUGAUGAUGAUGAUGAUGAAAAAUGAUGACGUAACGUUUACGAUGAUUAUGUUAAUGAUAAUGAUGAUGAUGAUGAUGAUGAUUGGUGAUUAAUGAGCAUAAAUCACCAGACUAAGCCAAGACAUAUCAAAGGCGGGUUGCUGUAGAAGCAAGUGCCAGUCUCAUGAAUGAUAGGCUCUGGAUCAGCAGAAGUUAUUUUCUUUCCAGUUUGAAAACGGUAACAGACCAGAUAAGUGAUGUAGGUCUUCCUCAGAAAAAGGGCAGACUAAAUGUUUUAUUUCUUUUCUGAAUCGAUGCUCGAUUUUUGCUUUUCAGUACGUGCCACCUCUCGAUCGCACAAACUCAAACUUUUUCGCCGGAAAACCCUUUAACAGAAAGGUAACUAGUUACUGUUUCACCCGUGAAAUACGUACUACUUUGGAGACGUGUUAAAGUUGUACUUUUGUUUCAUUUAGACUCAUUUCAUCCCAUUAGGGAAAGGAAGUGAGUGCAUGGCAUGAUAUAAUGGUCACGUUUUGGUAUUAAAUUUGAAUGAGUUCAUAAAACCAGAACUACAAUUACAAUAUAUCUUAUCUAACUUUUAACAUCGAUCAUUUUCAAUCACUCAGAUUACAUCUCAAAAUCCGUACGCGGAGGUGUUUGUUGGUAAACCUUUCGUUCAGACAGUGGAUAUCCAUAAUUUAACAGAGGUGGAAGAAGCUUUGAAGGAAAUCAUUAGUGCAGAAGUA